UAUAUAUGCUGUUUCAGAGUUGUUGGGUUUCUGAUUUUUCUUUCCAUGUGAGUGGUUCUAAAAUCCAAAUAAGACUCACCAACCUUGCCAUUCCUUCCACCAUGGACUUUUAACUACUCUGCUGCCUGGGCUAUUAACAUUCCAGGCUGACUCUAUACGAACAGCACUAGUUCAUUUCGUUUUCUUUGUCUUGUUCACUAUUUGAUAACCCUUUUCUUAUUUAAAAUCCUCGACUCAAUUUUUUUUUUUACCAACACUGCUUGAGUACUCAUUCUUUCGAUCAUUUAUCUCCAAAUGGGAAGUAUUGGAAUGUUGAAUAAUUCAACUUUGAUUUGUGCUCCACUAAUGGCUCAAUCCGUUGAGCAAAUGGUGAGUGACAUGUACGAGGCAAAAGCACAAGGUGCGGAUGUAGUUGAAGUCAGGUUGGACUGCAUUAAGAACUUCCAGCCUCGCCAAGACCUUCAAACCAUCCUCAGAAAAAAGCCCUUGCCAGUGCUCAUCGUGUAUCGGCCAAGGUGGGAAGGUGGUCAGUAUGAAGGUGAUGAGAGCACACGGGUGGAAACCCUCCAUUUAGCCAAAGAUCUGGGAGCUGAUUACAUUGAUUUUGAGCUCAAGGUGGCUUCUAAUCUUAGGGGAGGACUGAAAAUGGAUCAUCGCGGUGGUAGCAAAGUUAUUGUUUCAUGCUAUGUAAAUGGCAUGGCCUCUCUGGAAGAUUUGAGCCAUCUUGUUGCAAGCAUGCAAGCUACUGGAGCGGAUAUCAUCAAACUUGCCACAAAAGCAAUUGAUAUUACAGAAAUAUCAAGAAUUUUUCAUCUGCUCUCACAUUGCCAGGUGCCACUAAUUGCAUAUUCGGUUGGUGAAAGAGGUCUUAUGAGCCAGAUAUUGAGCCCCAAAUUUGGUGGUCUUCUAGUCUAUGGAUCUAUGGAAGGAAAUUCAGUUCCAGGCCUGCCUACUCUAGACAGCCUUAGGCAGUCUUAUAAAGUGAUCCAUAUUAAUGCAGAGACCAAAGUUUUUGGGCUCAUCUCCAAACCAGUUAGCCACAGUAAAGGCCCUCUAUUGCAUAAUCCUACUUUCAGGCAUGUAAACUAUAAUGGAAUAUAUGUGCCAAUGUUUGUUGAUAAUCUCAAGGACUUCUUCAGUGUCUAUUCAAGCCCUGAUUUUGCUGGAUUCAGUGUCGGGAUCCCGUACAAAGAAGCUGUAAUUGGUUUUUGUGAUGAAGUACAUCCACUUGCUAAGGCCAUAGGUGCUGUUAAUACUAUUAUAAGGAGGCCUACUGAUGGCAAGCUGGUUGGUUAUAAUACAGACUGUGAGGCUUCAAUAUGUGCAAUUGAAGAUGCUCUUAAAGAACAGGGAUGCACUAAUGGGGGAGCAUCUCUCAGUUCUCCUCUUGCUGGAAAACAAUUUGUGCUAGUUGGUGCUGGAGGUGCAGGAAGGGCAUUGGCAUUUGGUGCCAAGAGUAGAGGAUCUCGGGUUAUCAUUUUUGACAUUGAUUUUGACAGAACAAAAUCUCUUGCUUGUGCUGUAUCUGGUGAAGCUCGGCCCUACAAUGAUAUAGUUAACUUCCAGCCAGAGAAAGGUGCAAUACUAGCAAAUGCAACACCUUUGGGAAUGCAUCCAAAUACAGAUCGGAUUCCUGUAGCUGAGGCAACCUUGGGGGAUUACCAGCUUGUCUUUGAUUCCGUUUACACACCAAGAAAGACCAGACUACUAAAAGACGCCGAGGCUGUAGGAGCCAUCAUUGUGAGUGGAGUUGAAAUGUUCCUCCGUCAGGCCAUUGGCCAGUUCAACCUCUUCACAGGCAGAGAAGCACCUGAAGAGUUCAUGCGGGAGAUCAUCCUUGCAAAGUUCUGAUAUAUUUCUUCACACAGAAGAUGUUCUAAUUGUACAUUAUGCUUCCAUUUACCCAUUUAUUGAAAUUGCAUUAUAAAAAAGAUAUGGAUAUUCAAGAAUUGAAUAUAUUGUUAAGACCCAGAAAUAAUCAAUAAAAUUUUCCA